UUCGUUUUUCCUUUGAAUUUUUUAAAUUUAAAUAAAAGGGUUUUUUCUUUUUUCUCUUUUCUGUUUACUAGAAGAGAAAAAAAAAAAAAAAGAAUUGAACACGUGCUGGGAAGGGGCUGUAACGGCCAAAAAAGAAAAGCGUCAAAACGAGUCGUUUUAAGCAAACCUAGCCGUUGUAUCGAAGAUAGCUUGAGAUGUAGGCGGACGGUGGGGAACCGAAACGGGAAGUUAAAUGGAGCGGGAAAAAGAACGUAAAAAUACUCCAAAUAAAAUUGACAUUGUGGAUAAAGAAUUUAGACUGUUGAAUGUGUUUAUUUUUAAAGAAGCCCUCUCCAAGCAGCAUCGAAACGAAGGUUAAUCGUCUCCCAAAUCUCAGUACGCCGGUCUUUCAAUGCCGAGAACCAAGCACAUCGCUGCUAAGAAACAAAAACGGAAGCCAUCUGCUGCCGCAGAGGCCUCACCGUCUCCGGCGUCACCUAAAACCGGAUCGGCAGUUGUCGGAAGGACAAGAAAAACUGGACAGGCCACACCUUCUCAAGGAACAUCGAAGAAGCCUCAUUGUUUUAGACCGGGAACUAGGUCUCUUCAAGAGAUUCGGAAAUACCAAAAGACUGUGACACUGCUCAUUCCUGCUGCCAGCUUCAUCAGAGAAGUAAGAACUAUUAGCUACCAACUUGCACCAGAUAUUAAUCGUUGGCAAGCUGAAGCUCUAGUUGCAAUUCAAGAGCAGCGGAUUAUUUGAUUCAAUUGUUUGGAGAUGCAAUGCUUUGUACAAUUCAUGCAAAGCGUGUUACACUGAGUAAGUUAAACAGUGGAGAAACUGUUGUUGUUUUUUAUUGAAGUAGCUUAUAUUCAGCAUAUUUGUUCUGCAUUUCAGGGUUUUUCUAAGUUAAUGUUAAAAUAGUUGUAGUGACCUAAGGUAGUCAUAAUAACAUGGUGCUAUAAGUACUGGUAACAUUAUGCAGUCAGCUCCAGGUUUUACUUAAUCUGAUACCUUGAUAUUGCGUAUUUGAUUUAUAGAAGUUAGUUGUUUAUAUUGAUGGAAGAUCAUGUACACAGAAUGAUGCCACAGGGUGUAUUAAAAGUUUACCUCUCGGCCUAUUAAUCUUUUUUUCUGUUGAACCUCUCUCAGGUAAUAGGAACAUGGUGCUGUGAGUAAUGUUUAUUCUGAAUAUAUAGCUCCCUCUUUGUUAAGAUAGAUAUGUAGAGCCUAAUUAAUAAUCUGAUGUUACCCUCGAAGCAAAUGAUUGUUUACCAGUCCCUUGUUUUAGCUUUUUCAUUCCAUUUACAUAGUUUUGUCUGAAAAAAUCAAUGAAAAUUAUAAUAUGCUAAGCAAAUGACACAUAAUGAAUAUACCUAGACAGACUGGAUAUAGAGGGUAACGAGAAUUCCAGAUUAAAUCAUAGUAAAAAAAAAUAUGAAGAUGGAAUGAAAAAGCUAAAACAAUGGACUGGGAAACAAUCAUUAGCAAACUCUUUGUGUUUGCCUGUUUAUAUCCCUACAUGAUUAAUGCUCAUUGAAAAACAUGAUUUAUCAAUUUCAAAGAGUCAAGUACUUCUUUCAAUAGGUUCAUUUGCAACGUGUUUAACAAUGAAUUUUUUCCAUUUUCAUUUCCGAAGGAACAAACUAACUUUAUUGCCUUUUCUUGCCUCAGUGAAGAAGGAUAUUCAGUUGGCACGUCGACUUGGUGGGGUGGGGCAGCCGUGGUAAGAUCUUGCACUCUAACCAACACUAGCAUUCCAUCUAACUAUUCUCUCAAAACGGAAAAUUUUAAUUGUCGUUUUGCAUGUAGUAUUUGGAAAAUUGACCUUUGUGUAGACUACUACAGUCUUAAUUUAGCCUUUAAUGGUUCUUGAAAGUUGAAACCUGCAAGUGUUUCUUUCCCUAUUUGAAUUCAGGAAAAAAAAAAACAUUUUUUACUUAUUUGAAUGAUUUCCCAUUUUCAUGUUUAUCUUUCUGACUAUUUGGAAGAUGAAAACAGAGUUCUCUCUCCAAUUUUUUUUGAUACUGUUCUUUUCUUCCAAGGCAACCUUCAU